AUGGACCGACAACAGCAUCUGCCAGAUACAAGGUGUGACUUGCCGUCACGUCCUACUGGUAUAACUGUCGGUGACACUUCACGACUUGGCUCAGGUGCCUCGAGAGCAAGUAUUAGAGGUGCUUCGUUGUCAUACCAGUCCGAAAAGUUAUCAGAUAUACCUAGACAGCCAGGCCUUGUAGCUCGACACUCUCAGCUGCCCUGUAACCAGCCACACGCGCUUCAAGAUAUAGAUACCACACAGACUGUUUCAUCACAUUCAAGUAGAUACAGAAAAUAUCCAAACCUAAUUGAGAUUUACGUCCCAACCAACCGUGCUAGUGUAAAUACUAAAUUGACCACAGGGUUCUAUGGUGUUUCUGGAACAAAUACAGUCGAUUCCCAGUCUGAUCAAAACAAACCGCAUAAUCGAGGUCCAUCUCAACGCCCCAAGCCUCCCCAAAAAGGUGGUGUGCGUGAAACCCCACCCAAAGAAAACACCGUCUUUGAGCUGGCCAAACUUGACAAUUUUGUUCCAUUUGUGAUUGAUCUCGACAAUGUAGAUUUACCACCUUUACUUAAAAAGUUUUCAUGGACUUUGGCUUCACCAUUCAAGGAGGAAAAGUACCAUCGCUCUGUAUCCAACUCUAUCGGAAAUAAUUAUAGUCCAUCUGCUACAGACAUCAAUAUGAAACAGAUGGGAAAGCGUGGACGUCCAGGUGCUGCCGAAAACGAUUUGAUCAAACGAUUAAAGUCGGCAAAUAAUAGUCUAGAUUCAGCAGAAACGGUUGACCGAAUUCCUCAAAACUCCAGUCGACCGGUAUCACCCAUGUCGAGAAUCAAAGCUACAGUCACAUCUUUUGAAACGUUUCAAAAACCUGAGCAGAGAAAUGCCAUGGAUCUGGAUCCCUUUGAUCUUGAAACGCUCACCAUUUCUCAACAAGUGACUCCCGAGCAGAGGUACUGGUUUUAUGUAGAAAAGGGGGUUCCCAACACUGCAUUGGCUACCAUGGAUCAUGCCACGCUAAAGGGAGUUGAAAGCCGUCUUCCAUAUCAUUUGUUGAUGGCUGAUCACCUUCAAGAAACACGCUGUAAUUUGGUUGAAGAAAUCAAGGAGGUAUAUGCCACAUCAGCCAAACAGUCCAUUGUGGAUUAUAUUCUAUUAGAUCCAUCUGAACAGCAACGGUUACUGAUUCCUCAGUUUUUUGCCAACUACGUGCCUCGGAUUGCGCGUGCUCCAGUUCCUUGGCACGACAGUUUAAUUACAGCCAACACAUAUAUUGAACAGAAUCUAUUCAUCACCAAUCCAGUUAUGAUACAACUUCUUCAAAUCUAUGCUCAGUUUGAAAAGUGCAAAGUAGUGGAUAUGAGUGUGUUUUCCUCGAGCGUUUUGCCCAUGACCACCGCGGAAUUCCAAGGUAUUCUUAAAGCCCAAUGCCAAGCAUUCAGAAGCAAAAUGCUCAAUGAAUGGAUUCCAACAGUAGUCAAUUUAUUUCUACAAAGCAAGGAUAUAUGGUACUCUGUCGCGACUGAUUGUGAAGAUACCGACGUAGGCUUCCGACGCCUUGACAUGUUUUUUAAAUCUGUUACAACACUACUAUCCAAUCAGCUAUGGUCAUUAGUGGAAGCAAGCAUUGUAGAGUUUGAAACAUUUUUCAGUCAGUUUUCUCAAGCCUCGUCUGAUGUCUCUCUGUUUGCUGUUCAUUUGAAUAUCUCUGGAGCUCAAAUUCGGUUUGAUCCACCACUUUCAGACCUUGAAACUGUUGUUGUUACUAUUCUCACAGAGAUUGUUUCUGCUGUGAAAGAAAUCCCUCGUAUUGAAACCAAAUUGUUUACAAGUCUUAGCGGGGAGCAUCUAUAUCUUCCUACUAUUACUUUUGAAGAUGAUCGGAUUGCUGAUGGCCGUUUUUUUCGUCGCAUCGUUGCAAAAAAUACUGUGGGGCCACAAAAACAUCUCAUGAGCUACGAUAAAUACAAGUCUCUUCUUAAUCACAAAGCAGAAAAGCGAAUCGAAGAUUUUUUAAGAGAAAAACAUGAUUUGGAAGAUUAUGAAACAGAAAUCAAAAAGUUGAUUAAACUGAUUGAUGAUAUUUCCGUGUCACCUUCUAUUGCGCGGUUUAGCAUGAUCUUUCUUGAAUGCGAGGCACUCAAAGUCGAAUUAACGUCUAAAGCCAACAUGCUUGUACAAAAGUUGGUUGAUCAGGUGGCUGAGAUGAACAGAAAAGGCAAUCUCUCCAUUUGCGAAUCGUAUGAAAAAAUUUCUGCCAAGGCGAUGAAGGUGCCCAGCGACACCGAGGAGCUAGUCGAGUUGAUAAAAUAUGUUGAAAAUGCCAAAACCAAGGACAUUGUUGCACUAAAAGAGGAAAUACACAAAGGCAAACGACGAUUGGACUUUUUGCUUACAUAUGCAUUUAUGAGUGAGGAAGAUAUCAAGCUUAAUGGAGUGACAUUUACUUGGCCAACACGGAUUCUCCCUAUUUUUGAACUGUCCAAAAAGCGCAUGCUGCAGAAAAAAACCAAGGCACAGGAAGAUUUGAAGUUGAAGAUUGAAGCAACAAACGUAGAUCUGGACGAGUGUUUCGAGAGUGCAACAAAAUUCCAGGACUAUGGUAUAAUGCCAGAACUUCCCGAGUAUAUCAAAAAAAUCAAAAAACUUGAAGUUAAACUCAGCGAACUGCAUGAUGUUAUUGAAAAUAUCAAUGUUGAAGAAGAGUUACUUGAUUGGGAAAAAACUCCUUUUGCUAAACAGCAACAGACCAUUGAUUUUCUUGAUCCGUACAAAAAACUAUGGGAAACUUCGCAUCAAUUCCAAACCGAUUAUGCUCGCUGGAUGAAUGGCAGUUUUCAAAAUAUUCAGGCUGAACAAGUUGAAGAAUCAGUCAACAAUAUGUUUCGCAUCAUGUUUAAACUCACCAAGACUUUUUCAGAUCAACCUGUGCCGAAAAAGGUUGCUGAAAGUGUCAAGAAUAAGUUGGAAAAGUUCAAGGCGCAUUUACCCCUGAUUGUUAUACUACGCAAUCCUGGCUUGUGCGAUCGACAUUGGGAUCAGAUGGCGCAAGUUGUUGGACAGCCCAUUGUGCCAGAUGAUUCAACUUCUUUGAGCAAGAUUUUGGAACUGAAUCUGACACCCUAUUUGACUCAAUUUGAAGCCAUUUCUGAUGGAGCAUCCAAGGAGCAUUCGUUACAAAAAUCGCUUUGCAAAAUGCGCGACGAUUGGGAACCUUUAGUAUUUACCUGCAUCGAUUACAAGGACACUGGAACAAAGAUCUUGUCUGCAUUUGACGAAGUUCAAUCACUGCUGGAUGAUCAGAUUGUCAAAGUACAGACUAUGCGUAGCAGUCCAUUUGCAAGGCCAAUGGAAGAAGAUGUAAAAUCUUGGGAAACCACAUUAAACAACGUGCAGGAUAUCAUUGAUUCAUGGCUUUCCGUACAAGCAACAUGGCUAUACCUUGAGCCCAUUUUCACCAGUGAGGAUAUUAUGGCUGCUAUGCCUGUUGAAGGAAAGAAAUUCAAAACUGUAGAUAGAACAUGGAGGGAUAUUAUGUCAACCACAUCAGAGGAUCCAAAGAUUCUGGCAGUAUCAAAAAUUCCUGGUAUUCUUCAACGUUUAAACGAAAGCAAUUUGUUAUUAGAAGAAAUUCAAAAGGGACUCAAUGAUUAUUUGGAGAAAAAAAGGUUGUUCUUUCCCAGAUUCUUUUUCCUUUCCAACGAUGAGCUAUUGGAAAUUUUGGCAGAAACAAAGGAUCCUUUGCGUGUGCAGCCUCAUUUGAAAAAAUGCUUCGAGGGCAUUAAUAGCCUAGUGUUUCAAGACGGCACCAAGAUCAUUGCCAUGUGCUCGAGUGAAAACGAAAAGGUAAAGCUUAAAGAAGUCAUUGAGCCUGCCAACGCUAAAGGAGCGGUGGAAAAAUGGCUGCUGCAGGUGGAAAAAGUAAUGCAGAUGUCUGUCCAUCAGCAAAUAGUCAACUCACAUAAAGCAUAUAUGGAUACUCCACGUGAAAAAUGGAUUUUGGAAUGGCCGGGACAAGUUGUAAUUUGUGUUAGUCAGAUAUACUGGACAAAAGAAGUUACCGAAGUUUUGCAAAAAAAUAAUAGUGUUGAUGAGCUUGCAAAAUAUCGUAAUAUCUGUACAAAACAGCUUGAAAAUACAGUUUCUCUUGUUCGUGGCGAGCUGUCGCCUAUGGCUCGAAUGACUUUAUCUGCAUUGGUGGUGAUUGAUGUGCAUGCUCGCGAUGUGGUGAAUGAUCUUCAUAAUGCGCAAGUAUCAAGCGAAGGAGACUUUGAAUGGCUUUCGCAGCUGAGAUACUACUGGGAGCAAGACGAUGUCAAUGUUCGAAUGAUCAAUGCAACCAUCAAAUAUGGAUACGAAUAUCUUGGAAACUGUCCCCGACUAGUAAUCACACCUUUGACUGAUCGUUGCUAUAGAACUCUCAUUGGUGCGCUAGAUCUCAAUCUUGGUGGUGCACCAGAGGGCCCUGCUGGUACAGGCAAAACAGAAUCCGUCAAAGAUCUGGCAAAAGCUAUUGCCAAAGCAUGCGUUGUAUUUAAUUGUUCAGAUGGUCUAGAUUAUAUUGCCAUGGGCAAAUUUUUCAAAGGUCUUGCUUCGUCUGGAGCAUGGGCUUGUUUUGACGAAUUCAAUCGUAUUGAUUUAGAAGUACUGUCUGUUGUUGCCCAACAAAUCUUAACUAUCCAAUGCGCUGUGGUGGCCAAAAUGGAAAAGUUUGUGUUUGAAGGCACUACAAUUUCAUUAAAUCGUGGUUGUUCUGUAUUCAUUACUAUGAAUCCAGGAUAUGCCGGUCGCUCUGAAUUGCCUGAUAAUCUCAAGGCACUAUUUAGACCAGUAGCAAUGAUGGUUCCUGAUUACGCCCUAAUUGCUGAAAUUUCUCUCUACUCGUUUGGGUUUGUCGAGGCUCGCACUUUAGCUCGCAAGAUUGUUGCGACAUACAAACUCUGCUCUGAACAGCUUUCCUCUCAGGACCAUUACGAUUAUGGUAUGCGUGCUGUCAAGGCAGUGCUUACAGCAGCAGGAAAUUUAAAACUCAAAUAUCCUGACGAAGAUGAGCACAUUAUCAUGCUGCGAUCCAUCAACGACGUCAACUUGCCCAAAUUUCUUACGCAAGAUAUUCCACUUUUUAAAGCUAUUUCUGCAGACCUGUUUCCUAAAGUUGUUUUGCCUACACCCGACUAUCGCAGUCUUAUAAUUAGUAUCCACGAACAUAUGAAAAAGUCAAACCUUCAGGCAGUUGACUCUGCAUUAGAAAAAAUUAUCCAAAUGUAUGAGAUGAUGUGCAUUCGCCACGGCUACAUGCUGGUCGGUAUGCCGUGGUCAGGAAAAACAACAUCAUACCGCGUUCUUGCAGCAGCGCUUUCAGAUAUAUUUGAACGUACACUCAGUGAAAAUCGUGUCGAGUACAAGGUCAUCAACCCUAAAUCAAUUACCAUGGGACAACUAUAUGGCCAAUUUGAUCCAGUCACACACGAGUGGACCGAUGGUGUACUGGCCAAUACAUUCAGAGCAUUUGCUCAACAAGAGACAACCGAACGCAAAUGGAUUAUUUUUGAUGGACCAGUCGAUGCUAUUUGGAUUGAAAACAUGAAUACUGUAUUGGACGAUAACAAAAAAUUGUGUUUGACAAGUGGUGAGAUUAUGUCCAUGUCCAACAGUAUGAGUAUUCAGUUUGAGGUUUCUGAUCUUGCUGUGGCCUCGCCUGCCACUGUGUCUCGUUGCGGUAUGAUUUAUAUGGAGCCCGAUGCGCUUGGAUGGCGUCCGAUUAUGCAGUCUUGGCUCAAUUCUCUGCCAGAGGGUAUCAAACCUGAUCAAAAAAGUAUGCUUUCCAGCCUGUUUGAGUGGAUAGUUCCUGCAUGUGUGAGCUUCACAACUACUCAAUGUCGCGAAGUCGUUGGUACGUCAAGUAUUAAUAUGGCUGUUACGCUCAUGAACCUUAUGAGUUGUCAAUUGGACGAUUUUUCUGGCGAACCUAAAGAGUUGGAAGACGUUCCUAUCAAUGUUCAAACUGUAUGGAUCACAUCCUAUUUUUUGUUUGCAUGUGUUUGGUCUUUAGGAGGCACGCUAGAUGCCCAGUCUCGUCAGAAAAUCAAUAUAUUCUUUAGAGAGUUGACUGCUGGUGCCAACAAAAAUUACCCACCGCCAGAAAAGUUUAAAUUCGACAAACUCAUACCCGACUCGGCCACUAUAUACGACUAUGUGUUUGAAAAAGACAGGAAACUGGGCGGUGUGUGGAAAUUGUGGACAGACACCAUAGACUCUUUUGAGAUACCAGCAAAACAGAAAUUCAACAACAUUACCAUUCCUACGGUUGAUACUGCUCGCUACAGCUAUUUGCUAGACUUGCUUCUCAAGCACAAUAAGCAAUGUUUGCUUGUGGGUCCAACCGGUACGGGAAAAAGCGUUUACAUCAACAACAAACUGUUCAAUGGAUUGCCCAAGGAUAAGUAUUUGCCAGUGUUUAUUAAUUUUUCUGCACAAACUUCUGCAAAUCAAACUCAGGAUAUUGUUUUGAGUAAACUGGACAAAAGACGCCGUGGUGUGUAUGGCCCACCUCAUGGGUUCAAGAGCGUAAUUUUUGUCGACGAUCUCAAUAUGCCUGCUCGCGAAAAGUAUGGGGCACAGCCUCCUAUUGAGUUAUUGCGACAGUGGAUGGAUCACGGUCAGUGGUAUGAUAUCAAAGACACUAGUCCACUCCAGCUAGUUGAUAUUCAGUUUGUUGCUGCAAUGGGUCCACCUGGUGGAGGGCGAAACCCAGUUACUUCCAGAUUCCUGCGCCAUUUCAAUAUACUAUCUAUUGUAGAGUUUGAUGAUGUUACGAUGAAGCAUAUAUUUUCUUCGAUUGUGGACUGGCAUUUUACAUCAAACAAAUUUUCUGCUUCUAUCUCUGCCAUGAAAUCCUCUCUAAUCUCUGCCAUUCUAGAUAUAUAUCAAGGUGCGAUUGCAAGCCUCUUGCCCACACCAACCAAGUCGCAUUACGUAUUUAAUCUACGUGAUUUUGCUCGUGUAGUACAAGGGUUGCUUCUAGCCACGCCAGAGAAAUUUACUGAAACGCCCAAGAUGAUUCGACUUUGGUGUCACGAAGUAUACAGAGUAUUUUACGAUCGAUUGGUCGAUGACACUGAUCGAGAAUGGUUUUUCAACAGCGUCAAAGAAAUUUCAACCCGAAACUUUAAUAUCCGUUUUAAUGAUGUGUUUGGUCAUUUGAGCUCAAACCAGAGCGAUGUAAUUGAGGACGACGAUAUUCGCAGUCUUAUGUUUGGUGACUACAUGUUUCCAGAUGCAGCAGUAUGCAUAUACGAUGAGGUUUCUAAUGUCAUCAAAGCUUCGGAUAUUAUUAAAGUUCGACUGGACGAAUACAACCAAAUGUCUAAAGCUCCCAUGAACUUGGUGAUUUUUAGAUUUGCCAUUGAGCACGUGUCACGCAUCAGUCGUAUUCUCAAGCAACCUAGUGGCCAUGCGCUUCUGGUCGGUGUUGGUGGUAGUGGUAGACAAUCACUUACUCGUCUUGCAGCAUUUAUGUCCGAUUACAUAUUGUUCCAAGUUGAGAUUUCCAAGUCAUAUGGCAAAAACGAGUGGCGAGACGAUCUAAAGCGAUUUUUGAUCAAAGCAGGCGCAGAUGGAAAACAGUGUGUUUUCUUGUUUAGCGAUACUCAGCUUAAACAAGAAUCCUUUUUGGAAGAUAUCAACAAUAUGUUAAAUACGGGCGAAGUUCCCAAUAUUUUCCCUAUGGACGAAAAGGCUGCAGUGAUUGAGCGUGUGAGAGAUACGCUUGCAAAGGAUAACUCCAAGAUUGACACAUCACCUGUUGGACUAUACAACUCGUUCAUUUCAAAGUGUAAAGAAAAUUUGCAUAUUGUACUAUGCAUGAGUCCAAUUGGUGAUGCUUUUCGAAAUCGAUUACGCAUGUUUCCCAGUCUGGUCAACUGCUGCACAAUCGAUUGGUUUCAGGUAUGGCCCGAGGAUGCGUUGGAAAUUGUAGCUACCAAAUUUCUAGAAGAUGUGGAAUUGUCUGAUCAAGUGCGCAAAAGUGUUGUAACCAUGUGCAAGCGAUUCCAUACUGAUACACGAGUACUUAGUGGCAAAUUCUACGAUGCACUGCGUCGUCAUAACUAUGUUACCCCAACUUCAUAUCUAGAACUUAUUCAGACUUACAAGCAGUUAUUAACAAACAACCGCACAAAAGUUGAUUCGCAAAGAAUACGAUAUGAAGUGGGAUUGGAUCAAUUGGCUAGUGCCGCUGCCCAGGUUGGCACCAUGCAAAUCGAGCUAAACAGCCUCCAACCCGAACUAAUCAAUACUCAAAAAGAAACUGAUAAGAUUAUGGAAGUUAUUCAACGUGAAAGUGUCGAGGUUGAAAAGAAGCGAGAACUGGUUAAAAUUGACGAGGAGGUGGCAAACCAAAUGGCUGGAGAAGCCAAAGCCAUGAAGGAUGAAUGCGAGGCUGAUCUUGCAGAAGCCAUUCCCGCCUUGGACGCUGCAUUGGAAGCGCUUGACACAUUGAAGCCACAAGAUAUCACAAUGGUCAAGUCUAUGAAGAAUCCUCCUGGAGCAGUUAAACUGGUUAUGGAAGCAAUCUGCAUAAUGAAGGGACUCAAGCCUGCGAGAGUCAAAGACACGGCUGGAAGUGGUAAAAUGGUUGACAAUUAUUGGGGUCCUGCACAAAAAAUGCUGAGUGACUCGCAUUUUUUACAAGGCCUGCGAUCCUACGACAAGGAUAAUAUUGAUCCAAAAAUAAUCGAGCGUAUUAGAAAAACAUACAUUCCCAAUCCCGAUUUUGAUCCCAACAUUGUCAAGAAUUCAUCAUCAGCAGCAGAAGGAUUGUGUAAAUGGGUAUGUGCUCUUGACAAGUACGAGGUUGUUGCUAAGGUUGUUGCUCCAAAAAAGGAAGCUCUUGCCAAAGCCGAAGCAGAGUUAUCUGUUGAAAUGGCCAAAUUGAAUGCCAAGCGAGCGGAACUGCAUGAAGUUGAAGAAAAAAUGGCCAAACUUGAAAGUGGAUUCAAGGAAAUGACUGAUAAAAAGGCAGAUCUGGAGCAUCAAGUGGAUAUGGUUGGAAAAAAACUUGUACGCGCUGAAAAGCUUAUUGGCGGGCUUGGUGGAGAAAAGGACCGUUGGAGUGAGGCUGCACAAUCGCUGUCUAUUACCUAUACCAACUUGACUGGUGACGUGUUGCUUGCAUCUGCCGUCAUUGCUUAUUUGGGUGCAUUUACUCUAGGCUACCGUAACUCCAUACUUACAGAAUGGAACAAGAUGUGUAUUGCACAAAAUAUUCCUUGCUCAUCAGCAUUUUCGCUAACAUCCACAUUGGGAGACUCGAUUCAAAUUCGCACAUGGAGUUUAGCUGGACUCCCUAAUGACUCGUUUUCGUGUGAUAAUGCAAUUAUUUCUACCAAAGCACGCCGAUGGCCUUUGUUCAUUGAUCCACAAGGUCAGGCAAACAAAUGGAUCAAGAACAUGGAGAAACAAAAUCAACUGAUUGUCAUCAAACUUUCCGAUUCUGACUAUGUGCGCAGUUUAGAAAAUGCUAUUCAGUUUGGCACACCCGUGUUAUUAGAGAAUAUUGGCGAGGAAGUUGAUUCUGUGCUAGAGCCGCUUUUAACCAAGCAGAUUUUUAAGCAAAGUGGUGUAAUGUGUAUUCGACUUGGAGAAGCUAUUGUUGAAUAUUCUUCAGAUUUUCGAUUUUACAUCACCACCAAAUUACGGAAUCCACAUUACCUUCCCGAACUGAGUACCAAAGUUACCACAGUGAAUUUUAUGAUCACGCCUGAUGGGCUAGAAGAUCAACUUUUGGGAAUUGUUACUGCGAAAGAACGUCCUGAACUUGCCGAAGAAAAAAGCAAACUUGUGAUUGCAUCUGCCAAUAAUAAGCGACAGCUAAAGGAAAUUGAAGAUAAAAUUUUGGCAAUUCUCAGUACUAGCCAGGGCAAUCUUUUGGAGGACGAAUCAGCAAUCACAGCGCUAACAAGCUCAAAGAUUCUAUCAGACGAUAUUGCACAAAAACAGCAAAUCUCAGAUGUGACUGAAAAGCAGAUUGAUAUUACUCGCCAGGGAUACAGACCUAUAGCAUUCCACUCUUCGAUACUGUUUUUUGUUAUUGCAGAGCUGACCAAUAUUGAACCCAUGUACCAAUACUCUUUAGGAUGGUUCAUUAAUUUAUUUUUACAGUCUAUUUCAGAUUCAGAAAAAUCAGAUACUUUAUCCAAUCGUUUGGAUAAUCUCAGGUCGCAUUUUACGUAUUCAUUGUAUUGCAAUGUUUGUCGAUCUUUGUUUAAAAAGGACAAGCUACUUUUUUCGUUUAUUCUUUGUGUCGGUAUUUUACGAGGAGCUGGUAAGAUUGAUCCUGACGAGUGGCUGUUUUUGCUUACUGGAGGACUAUUAUUAGACGGGAAAAUGCCGCCAAAACCAUCUCCUGACUGGCUGAGCGAAAAGGCUUGGUCUGAAUCGGUUCGUGUUUCAGUUAUACCAGCUUUCAAGGAGUUUUUUACCGAUUUAAAAAAUAAUUUGCCCGCAUGGGGAGAGAUCUACAACUCCACCGAGCCGUAUAUGAUGGAUUUGCCAUUGCCUUGGAACAAUAAUCUCAACUCUUUUCAAAAACUAUUGGUAAUGCGUAUUAUUCGGCCAGAUAAACUUGUUCCUGCUGUCAUGGAGUUUGUGAAAUCCAAUAUGGGACAGCAGUUUGUUGAACCACCACCGUUUGAUCUUAAUGCAAGCUAUAGUGACUCGAAUAGCUGUGCUCCACUUAUAUUUAUUCUUUCCCCUGGUGCCGAUCCUAUGGCAGGAUUACUCCGAUUUGCUGAGAGCAAAGGAUUUGGUGCUAAUAAACUCAACGCAAUUUCACUGGGUCAGGGUCAAGGUCCUGUAGCUGCUGGAAUGAUCCGUCAAGCAAUCAAAGCAGGAACAUGGGUGAUACUUCAAAAUUGUCAUUUGGCUGUAUCUUGGCUACCUACGCUAGAAAAGAUCUGUGAGGAGCUUGUUUCAGACACGACAAAUCCCGAAUUUAGACUAUGGCUUACAUCCUAUCCAACUGAAAAAUUCCCUGUUACCUUGCUUCAAAAUGGAGUCAAAAUGACCAACGAACCACCAGCAGGAUUGCGAGCAAACUUGUUGCGAAGCUACACAUCUGAUCCAAUUUCAGAUGAAAAUUUCAGUAAUAAUGUAGUUGCAGGUAGCCGUAUUGCUUGGGAAAAGAUGCUAUUUGGUCUAUGUUUUUUCCAUGCGUUAGUUCAAGAACGUCGUAAUUUUGGCCCACUGGGAUGGAAUAUUGCAUAUGAAUUCAACGAAUCCGACUUGAGAAUCAGCAUCCGACAACUUCAAAAAUUCCUCAACGAUUAUGAAGAAGUGCCUUGGAAAGCACUGGCUUAUUUGGCCGGAGAGUGCAACUAUGGUGGUCGUGUUACAGAUGAUCGAGAUCGACGCACUCUCAUGUCUUUACUAUCGAUUGUAUACACACCAGAAAUACUCGACGACGAUUACAAGCUAUCUGCCUCAUCUGCCUACUACGCGCCUCCUCAUGGAUCAUAUGAUUCUUAUAUUCAAUAUAUAAAGUCAUUACCUGCUAUCCAAAGUCCAGAAGUGUUUGGCAUGAAUGAGAAUGCGGAUAUCGCAAAAGAUUUGACCGAAACCAACCUUCUUAUUUCGUCCAUUGUACUGACACAAGGCGGUGGCGGAGUAGGUGGGGGCGGAAAAAGCCAAGAUGAACUGACGGCAGAUAUUGCAUCAGGCAUUCUAUCUUCAUUGCUACCAGAUUUUGAUGUUUCUCUUGCAAAAAAGCACUACCCGGUCAAAUAUGAAGAAAGUAUGAACACUGUUCUUAUUCAAGAACUGGUUAGAUACAAUCGUUUAUUACAGGCUGUGCGUGAGUCACUUCAAAAUGUCCUUAAGGCUCUCAAAGGUCUUGUUGUCAUGUCCAAAGAACUUGAAGAGGUGGCAACAAGUCUUACACUGGGCAAAAUUCCCGAAUUAUGGGCAGGAAAGUCGUAUCCGUCACUUAAGCCAUUGGGUGCAUAUAUUCAAGAUUUUGUUACUAGAUUACAGUUUUUCCAAACAUGGAUUGAGCAAUCUACUCCACCUGUGUUUUGGAUAUCUGGGUUCUAUUUCACACAAUCUUUUUUGACUGGUAUCUUGCAGAAUUACGCGCGAAAAUAUGCUAUCCCUAUUGAUCUACUCGUACUUUCUUUCGAUGUGAUGAAAGAAGAUAGUUAUGCACAUCCGCCUCAAGAUGGUGUGUAUGUUCGUGGAUUUUAUCUGGAGGGAAGCAGAUGGGAUCGUACAACAAAUCUUUUGGGCGACCAACUUCCUCGACAACUUACAGAUGCCAUGCCCAUUGUCAGAAUGACACCUUGUCAGUCAGAUUCUGAAGAGCUAUUGCAUGCCAAAGAAAAAUACUACGACUGCCCAGUAUACAAAACAAGUUUACGUCGCGGCACACUUUCGACAACGGGCCACAGUACAAACUAUGUUAUGAGUAUGCUGCUUGCCACUGAUAAAAUUAAGCGUUACUGGAUAAACAGAGGUGUUGCUGCAGUGUUACAAUUGAGCGACUCUUGACGAUUAUGAAUAAUAAACCACUGAUUUUGCCGUAAUGGUUAUGUGAUCAAAUACCAUUUGAACUGAAUAGAAAAAUAAAAAUUGGAUAGAUUU